CAGCAGCUGUGUUAACAUCAUACCAAUAUAUCCAUAGAACUGUACCACCUGCCUCAACAGCCACGUACCCCAGACAAGUAUAUGCACCACAGCUGAUGGCAGCAUUACCAAGUCCUUUGUUUGUGCCAUUAGUCAAUAUAAAAGCAACUUCUUUGAAAUCAAACAGUCCAUCAGCUAUACAGACUAUACAGUUUCACCCCAGGGGGCAAAGUGUAACCCCUGCAUUUCCACAGCAGUACGGUCCCUGUCCUGGACUUAUUCAGCAAGCAUGGCCAGUGGCACAUUUCAUUCCAGCUUUUCCACACGCCGUUUCAGUCCAGGGCUCAACACGAGCAGGUUUAGCUGAAGGGAAAUCAGAACAACAACAAACUGUUGUCUUUGAGGUUAUUCCAAACCCUCACAAGGUACCUGUGCAACAACGGAUAGUGUCACCUUGUCCAUCACACCUUGUUUCAUGCCAGACAACUCAUGAGCUAACUUCACAAGAGAAUAGUAAACUGGAAGUUAACAAAUCAAGUCUAGCUGUGGCAGAGAAUCAAAAGAGGAAUGAGCCACAUACGAAAGAUAUCGACCUCCUUCAACAGCCAUGUCGAACUACACCCCCAGUAGAUAUAACAAGACUUGAGGAGUUAACUGAUUCCAACCUAAACAAAGAAGAAAUCUGUGAACCUCCAAAUGCCAAGGAACUACAAACUAACAAUGUAACAUCUCCACAAGACCACAAAGAAAAAGAUUCAAAAGAUUUUAUUUUAAACGUUUUAAAGGAGCAGACAGAAGUCUGUUCAGAAAUCAGUGAAAAAGAUUGUGUAUCCGAGAACAGAGCCAGUCAUCAUAAUCUUCCAGUUAAAGACACUGAAAAUUAUGAUUUUAUCUGCACUGUAAACAAGGAAACCGACACAUCUAGAAACGCCCCAUCCACUGGCAAUUUCCAAACAGGAAAUACUGUGCUGGCUACGAAAGACCCAGUUUUCACAGGACAGCAGGUCCACACUGUAUCCAGUAACACACCGGAGGAGACUUGUUUUGUCCAUCAUACACAGCCUCUUAUACAUCAUCCAAACUCUCACAUUCCUCUUCAAACUUACUGUGACUCAAACCCCUUCAAUCCCAUUUACACGCAGGUUAAAGAGUUGUUUUAUGUUCAACAGCCUACUGCUGCUUUUCCAAAAAAAGAAGCCUCAUCAGAGAAACACCAACAGUGUCAAGAGGUGAGCCAGCAAGUCCCAGGGUGUCCUAAUGCCUGCACAAUACCAGUAUGUCAGGGCUCAGAGAAAGAGAAAAACCAAAAUGGCAUUGAGGCCUCCUUAACCAUAAAAAACAAUGACCCGGCAGCUGUAAAUAGGAAAACUUCCGAAAGGAUCUCUGAAAAUUGUGUUCAUUGUCAUAGUCAUGCUUCAGACCACAUGCUUCAGGUUCCAGCCAAAAGACAAAAAGUGAUUCACAUGGCCAACCCAGAUCUGUCUCCCUUUCAGUUGACAAACAAAAUGAACGCACCUCCUUCACUAUAUCCGAAGACUCUCGUUGAUUAUUCAAACACCAUUCACUGUGUUCCCUUUGUUCAGGCUUGCAGUCCAGAUCAAUUGCUUUUGCAUUCUGUUAUAAGGUCAGACCCUCAACAAGCUAUUCACCAUCCCUCUAAUGCUGUUGAGGUGAUAAAUCAACGAGAACAGUAUCCUGCAACUCCAUUCUUACAAGGAACAAACAACGAUAGUAAUAUGCCUUUUGAAGAAUCAAAGUUUCCGAAAGACCCAAUUCAAGAACGGCAUUCAGCUAUAUAGCCUCUGGAAUCGUCAACAUCAUUUAAGCAGGUUAUGAAAAGGCAACUUUGUGUAGAAGACAUCCAUUUGUAGGGAAAAAAAACACUUUUUAAAUGUUUGAAAAUGCGAUUUAAUUUUAUUUAUGUAUUUUAUUUUGAGUUUUUAACUGUAUAUUGUUUUCUAAGAAAUGCAUGAAACGAAUUGUUGAAUAAAAAAUAUGCUGUUCAACACAGCGUUGCAAAAGCACUAAUUCCUCCACACAAAAACACGUCUGUUGUCUGAUUUAGGAAUAAAGGAAUUCACUGUUUGUAGUAUAUGAUAAUUUCCAUUCAAGAUGGAGUUAAGAAUUCUGGGAUUACUGGAAUAAAAAUGUUAGAUAUUUGUUAAAUAUAAAUGUCCAGUUUUCAGUAAAAAAAAAAAAAAUACAUGAAUAUGUAUGUAGUUCACAAAGCUAUGUAAGUGGGCAAAGACAGAGUAACCCAUUGUGGAUUGAUUGUGAAUAGUUGUAUGAAAAUUAUUUUCAGCAAAGCUGUAUUAUGUUCAUUCGUCUUUCUACAAAAUACCUCACCAGUGGGUGCAGUGUAAUAUGUUCUAAUAAACACUAAAGGUGUUCGUUAUGCAAUAUUGUAUUUUCUGAAACAUGAUUCUUAACACUAUGUUUUAUUUGGGUUUACACUGAAAAAUUGUCCCUAUUCCAACAUCGCUGUAUUGAUUGAUUUCAAUUGACUAUAUGGUUGAGGUGUUGAGAGGCUGUGGCUUAGAAACAAAAGCGUUUCUUCUGAUUUGCUACACCUCAGUAGUUAAUUAUAAAAAAAGCAAUUGAUUAUUUAUUACUUUGUCAAGUGCUGUAUGGUUAUUGUGUGGCCUCAAAAGCCUUUAUUUUAUUUAUUUGUGUUGCAUUGUUUGUUCAAAAUAAUAAAAGAAAAAUCACAAAAACGACUACAAAGUGUUUCAAUGGGAUACCUGUUUUAUAAUAAGAACAUAAUUGAGUCAGGAAAGCUGCAAGUCAUGUGUUAAAUUAGCUACUUAUGUUAACCCUGACCUUAUAUGAAAAGGAAAGAGAGAACAUUUGCCUCCAUUACUGAAACUAAGAGCAUACGUAUUUUAUGUUCAGAAUGUAAAGAAGAUUAAAUAUUGACUGUGAUACAUCCUCUUGUACACAUUUCUCUUGUCUAAUCAGCACAGGUAUUCCUGUUACAGGUAUUUCCUGAAUUUCUCUCAUUAAAUUAUGAAAAAAACACUAUUGUUUUUCUAUAUAUAUUCAGGAGUUUCAAAUACAGUAC